AUGUAUCCAAGCUCCACCAGCAAUCAGAAAUCUCUAGACCCCCUACACGAUAAUCUUGUUGCUUUAACAAUCACUUCUAAACAAGUCAACCUUGGUAUCGAGCGUCUUCCAUCGGUAACUACAGGAAGCAAUAACUCUCCGAGUGACGGCAGUAAUGGCUAUUUGGAGAUAACAGGAGUUUCUCAGGCUUUUCUAGUCCGGACGUCUGACGAGGACGGCGUGCAACCUGGCCAUUUCUCACAUACGCAGAUGGAAGGUCAGACUGCCCCACAAGGGGAAACAACGCAGGGCGCCUAUGCCCUGCAAUCACCUACGACACUUGUUAUCAUCAGGCCCCUUUCAUCUUCAACAGCAGCAGAUUCUGUUUCCUCGAGUCCCUCCAAUGGUGCUUCAUUGGAUGGGAGCGGGAUAUCGCCCUCAAGGCAAAGCCUUGCGGUAAUUUUCGGCAGUAUUCUAGGAGCAAGCGUCUUUUCCGUUGCAUUGCAAUCCUGCACAGGCUGUGUUGUCGAAAUUUCCGCAAUACGAGAGUCCAAAGGCAUGCCAUUCGUAACGCAUGUCACGGUGGCCAAGAAAGCAAACGUUCAGAACUAA